AUGAAGAGAGUAGCCUGGCUUCCUUCCCUGCUGCUCCUGAUAGUUACGUUGCAUACUUGUUUAUCUGAUGUUGAGUCUAAUUCUACAGCAGAAGCACUUGCGCUCCUCAAUUGGAAAGCCAGCCUUCUAUCCCUCACAAACCGUUCUGUUUUGCCUUCGUGGACUGUCUCGCCUGGAAAUGCACAAGCAAAUCCCUGCGGUUGGUUUGGGAUCCAUUGCAAGGGUGACAGCGUUUCCAGAAUCAAUCUUACGAGUUAUGGUGUAAAAGGUACAUUCCAUGCAUUUCCAUUCUCAUCUUUGCCUAAUCUUGAAGAGUUAGACCUUAGCAUCAAUGGACUUUUUGGCACAAUCCCACGUCAAAUCAAUCAACUCUCUAAUCUCACUUACCUUGAUUUAUCAUAUAAUCAGUUGUCUGGAAGAAUCCCACCUCAAAUUGGUCAACUUAUUCAUCUCAAGACCCUUCACCUUGUUCAAAACCUGUUGAAUGGCUCCAUUCCUGAGGAAAUAGGUCAGCUAGAGUCCCUCGAAGAGCUUUCCUUGCAAAACAACUAUCUAAAUGGUUCCAUCCCUUCUUCUUUGGGUAACUUGGCCAACCUGACCUACUUGUAUAUGUUAAAAUAAUUCCCUUUCUGGUAACAUCCCUUCAGAAAUAGGAAAUCUUAGCAGCUUGCAGGAACUUUACAAUGGCAACAAUCAACUCACAGGUUCCAUCCCUUCCACUUUUAGAAACCUAAAACACUUAAGAUUCCUCAACUUGUCCACUAACAGUCUUUCAGGAUCCAUCCCUUCUGAAUUUGGGCAUAUGGAAUCGCUGAAUGGAUUAGCACUUUUUAAAAACAAUCCAUCAGGUUUCAUCCCACCCUCACUCGGAAACUUGACUGACCUGACCAUUCUCCAACUGUAUGAAAAUAAACUUUUUGGCCCCAUUCCUGAAGAGUUAGGGAACUUGAAAUUAUUGGUUUUCCUAGAGGUGAGUCAAAACCAACUCAAUGGUUCUAUUCUAUCUUUAUUUGCUAAUUUGAGCAACUUGGAAACUUUGUUCCUCCGAGACAACCAACUUUCUGGUCCCAUACCUCAAGAAAUAGGAAACCUCAUGAAAAUGAGGAUGUUGGAACUCGAUGGAAACCAUUUCACUGGGUAGCUGCCGCAAAACAUUUGCAGAGAUGGAACACUGGAAUAUUUCAUAGCCAAUGACAACCAUUUCAGAGGACCAAUACCCAAAGACUUGAAAAACUGCAGCAGCCUAAAAAGAGUGCGCCUGGAAAGAAAUAGACUGACUGGAAACAUAUCAGAAGAUUUCGGAGUCUAUUCAAGCUUGAAUUUUCUAAGCCUUAGUGACAAUGACUUUUAUGGUGAAAUUUCGCCUCAGUGGGCGUCGUGCAAUAAUUUGAGCAGCCUACAGAUUGCCCGGAACAACAUCACUGGCAGAAUACCACCUGAGCUUGGAAACUCAGCUCAGCUUCAGGCUCUUGAUCUUUCUUCAAAUCAUUUAGUGGGGGAGAUUCCAAAGGAACUGACAAAAUUGACAUCUUUAACAAGGCUUAUUUUGUCAGGGAAUCAACUCUCUAGUGGUAUACCAAUGGAAGUUGGAUCUUUUUCCCAACUCGAGUAUCUUGAUUUGUCGGCGAACACAUUGAGUCCGUCCAUCCCCGAGACUAUAGCGGAUAUGUUGAAAUUGUACUACUUGAAUUUGAGUAGCAACAAUUUUAGCCUGGGAAUUCCACCUCAGAUAGGCAAGUUAGUUCAAGUGAAUGAAUUAGAUCUGAGUCAUAAUGUGAUUCCAGGGGAGAUUCCAACACAAUUUCAAUCUUUGCAGAGCUUGUCAACGUUGAACCUCUCUAACAAUAACCUCUUCGGCAAUAUCACCAUUUUCAAUGAGCUCCGAGGCUUGGUCCAAGUUGACAUAGGGCAUAAUGAAUUGGAGGGUCCAGUUCCUGAUGUCCCAGCGUUUCAAAAUACUUCAAUACAAGCAUUAGAAGGAAACAAGGGUUUGUGUGGCGAUGUUAGUGGGUUGAAACCUUGCAAGCUUUCUAGAAACGGCCAGCACAAAUUACUCUACGCAACCAUGUUUCCUCCGUUAGGAGCUGCUAUCCUGUCAACUGCUAUUCUGGCUUUGUU